AUGGGCACUCUAUCUACCCCUGUGUACAUGGACGACCAUCCCCCCACAGCCACCUGUAUGCAGAGUCAUGGCUAUGAACUCCCAGCAGCAUCCUCUGCCUGUUCCUGUCACCACUUCUCCAUCGCCGUAGGGCUUGAACACGUUUCUCCACAGGUGUCCUUCUUCUUAUUUAUUGUUUUCGUGGUUUACACAAUGCUGUCAUUCUCCAUGCGGGACGCCAUCAUCGCCAGCGUCCUCACCUCUGUUUCUCACACUGUUGUGUUGAGUGCCUGCUUGUCCACCACAUCUGACCACAUGGAACCUGUGGUAUGGCAGAUUUUGGCCAAUAUCAUUAUUUUCAUGUGUGGCAACAUGGCAGGGGCAUACCACAAACAUCUGAUGGAGUUGGCACUCAAACAGACCUACCAGGACACCUGCAACUGCAUCAAAUCCCCCAUUAAACUGGAAUUUGAGAAGCGACAGCAGGAACGUCUGCUGUUGUCACUGCUGCCAGCGCACAUUGCCCGUGUGAUGAAGGCAGAGAUCAUCCAGAGACUAAAAGGACCUAAUUUUGGACAAAUAGAGAACACAAACAAUUUUCACAACCUCUAUGUUCAGAGACACAUUAAUGUCAGCAUACUGUACGCUGAUAUAGUUGGAUUCACACGCCUUGCCAGUGACUGCUCACCUGGAGAGUUGGUGCACAUGCUCAAUGAAUUGUUUGGCAAAUUUGACCAAAUUGCCAAGGAAAAUGAAUGUAUGCGGAUAAAAAUCCUUGGGGAUUGUUACUACUGUGUAUCUGGAUUGCCAGAAUCUCUCCCAAACCAUGCCAAGAACUGUGUCAAGAUGGGCUUGGACAUGUGUGAGGCCAUCAAGAAAGUGCGCGAUGCCACAGGGGUUGACAUCAAUAUGCGUGUUGGCGUGCAUUCAGGGAACGUUCUGUGUGGUGUGAUUGGACUUCAGAAAUGGCAGUAUGAUGUCUGGUCACACGAUGUCACGCUGGCUAAUCAUAUGGAAGCGGGAGGCGUGCCUGGGCGAGUGCACAUCACUUCAGUCACACUAGAGCACUUAAAUGGUGCCUACAAGGUAGAAGAUGGGGAUGGACAAGAGAGAGAUCCAUAUCUGAAAGAACAUGGAGUCAUCACAUAUCUGGUUAUUAACCCAAAGGUGGAGCGGCGCAGUCCGCAGCAUCACUACAGGCCCAGACAUACUCUGGAUGGAGCAAAGAUGAGAGCCUCUGUUAGGAUGACCCGUUAUCUGGAAUCCUGGGGUGCAGCCAAGCCUUUUGCCAACCUGCACCACAGGGACAGCAUGACCAACGAGAAUGGAAAGAUCAACACAGCUGACGUGCCAAUGGGACAGUAUCAUUUCCAGAGGAGAUCAGAAAGGACAAAGUCUCAGAAGAAACGGUUUGAGGAGGAGCUUAACGAAAGAAUGAUCAGAACCUUUGAUGGCAUAAAUUCACAAAAGCAGUGGCUCAAGUCUGAGGACAUCAAAAGAAUAUCAUUGUUCUUUCACAACAAGUCCUUGGAAAAGGAGUACAGAACAACAAUCUUGCCAGCCUUCAAAUAUUAUGUCACCUGCGCCUGUCUCAUCUUUUCCUGCAUUUUCAUUGUGCAGAUUCUUGUCUUGCCAAAGACUGCAAUCUUGGGGAUAUCCUUUGGUAUGGCAUUCUUUAUCCUUUCCCUGAUUGUCUUCGUAUGUUUCAUCGGACACUUCCUGCACUGGAGCAAGAGUGCCCCCCCUUCAUGGAUGUGGCUGCUAAGGUACUCUGUCAUUAUUGCCAACAAGCCCUGGCCGCGUAUUACACUCACCCUGACAACCACAGCGCUCAUACUAACGAUGGCAGUCUUCAACAUGUUCUUUUUGGAUGACAAUGUGUUGCCAGCAGUUCCUAUUUACAAUUCUUCCAAUGAAACGCAACUUUACCCAAAUGGACCAGCAGCUGCUUUUGCUGACAAAAACAACUUUUACCUUCCUUAUUUAAUUUACAGCUGCAUCCUGGGCCUGAUCUCCUGCUCGGUGUUUCUGAGGAUAAACUAUGAGCUCAAAAUGAUCACCAUGUUGACAGCAGUGGUGGUUUACAACAUCAUAAUUCUGCAAACACACGCUUCCCUGCUGGAUGAGUACAGCAGAUUCCUGUACAAAUCAGAAAGCCUGGACAGACCAGGAGUCCUCAAAGACCUGAAGACUAUGGGGUCUAUCUCACUCUUCAUCUUCUUCAUCACUCUACUCGUGCUUGCUCGGCAGAAUGAAUAUUACUGUAGGUUAGACUUUUUGUGGAAAAACAAGUUCAAGAAGGAGUGCGAGGAGAUCGAAACCAUGGAGAACCUUAACAGGGUCUUGUUGGAGAAUGUCCUCCCCGCACACGUUGCUGAGCACUUCUUGGCACGGAACUGGAAGAAUGAGGAUUUGUACCACCAAUCAUACGAUGUGGUGUGCGUCAUGUUUGCCUCCAUCCCAGACUUUAAAGAGUUUUACACAGAAUCUGAUGUCAACAAGGAAGGAUUGGAGUGUCUCAGGCUGCUUAAUGAGAUUAUCGCUGACUUUGAUGAGCUGCUGUCGAAGCCUAAAUUCAGUGGUGUGGAAAAGAUUAAAACUAUUGGAAGCACAUACAUGGCUGCUACAGGGCUCAAUGCCUCACCUGGACCAGAGUACCCAUCACAGGAACAUGACCGGCAGUACAUGCACAUUGGGACCAUGGUGGAGUUUGCUUUUGCUUUGGUGGGGAAGCUGGAUGUUAUCAACAAACACUCCUUCAAUGACUUUAAACUGCGAGUUGGUAUUAACCAUGGUCCAGUGAUCGCUGGAGUCAUUGGAGCACAGAAACCACAGUAUGAUAUCUGGGGGAACGCAGUGAAUGUAGCCAGCAGAAUGGACAGCACAGGAGUCCUGGGGAAAAUACAGGUGACAGAGGAGACGAGUCGCAUCCUCCUGACGCUGGGCUACGUGUGCUCUUGUAGAGGCAUCAUUAACGUCAAGGGCAAAGGAGAGCUCAAGACCUUCUUUGUUCACACAGAAAUGACCCGGUCACUGUCCCAAGGGAAUAUGAUGCCAUGAGACAUGAGAUUUUUUUAGCUGCACAGCCAACUUUUGAGCAUCUCAUUUGCAGCAAAACAGUGAAAAUAAUAGAUCUGCACUGAGAGGACAAAAAACUUUUGCAUUCCCAGUAAAACAUGUUGCAGCUGUAGUAUAUAUUUUGCACUUAUCUAAGUGUAAGAGGAGACCAUGUAUCUUAAUGCAACCAAACAAAACAUGAACUUGCAAC